AUGGCAAUAACCCUUUUGUCUCACGAGGUAUCGGACCUCUGUAUCGGUAAACCGCCACUACGUUGUCUCUCAGCCGUCACAGCCACCGUCGCUGACGCCAUCGCUUCUCUCAAAUCCUCCGACGAUCCUUUCCUCAGCGUCUGGAGCUGUAAUCACGACGAAACCAAUGAUGAUGACGACAACAAGAAGUGCGACUGCGAGUGUUUGGGUAAGAUCUGCAUGGCGGAUGUGAUCUGUUACCUGUCUAAAUUCGACAACAAGGUUUUGUCUCUUUCCUCUGCUUUCAAUGCAUCUGUCUCUGUUCUUCUCCAUAAAUGUCGUUCCAUCGUCGUCCAUGUCCAAUCUUCAUGCAAGUUAGCUGAAGCCAUUGAUCUGAUAACCGGAGGAGCACAAAAUCUGAUUGUUCCGAUUCAGACAAAGAGAGGACAGCACAAGGUUCUGACCCGAAAAAACGCUGUCGUUUCGCUCACCACCACAACAACAACACACAAGAACAGCCGCCAGUUCUGCUGGAUCACCCAAGAAGACAUAAUUAGAUUCUUUCUUGGUUCCAUCAGCGUCUUCUCUCCUUUAACUUCGAUGUCUGUCUCCGAACUCGGCGUGAUAAACAGUUCACGCGCUUUCCUCGCCGUGGAUUACUACUCCUCAGCUGCCUCUGCCGUUACCGCCAUUUCUCUUGCCAUUGCCAAUAAUAUAUCCGUCUUGGUUGUUGAUGGUGGAUGCGAUGUAGUAGAAUAUCCACGUAUAGCUCUAAUCGGCGAGAUUCUGCCGAUGACACUCGAGUGCUGCGAUGAAACAGCGGCGGCAGCGGUUGCUACACUCUCCGCCGGAGAGCUAAUGACGUACAUUGACGGUAGUGGUCCGCUGGAGAGUCACGUAAGGGUCGUCAGGAAUCGUCUUGAAGAGAAAGGGAUGGUGGGUUUGAUCUCACUCGUCGAUUCCUUGUCGGGGUCUUCUUCGUCGGAUGAAGAAUCUCCCACAAGGAGGAAGAAGCCAUAUGGUCGGUCAGUGAGUAGAGCGGCGAGGAUGGCGAGGAAGUCGGUGGCCAUAGUGUGUAACCGGAAAAGCUCGUUAAUGGCGGUGAUGAUACAAGCGAUUGCUCGCAGGGUAAGUUAUGUGUGGGUGGUUGAUGAAGAUGGUUGUUUUAUUGGUAUGGUUACUUUUGUUGAUAUUUUGAAACUUUUCAGAGUAUUUUUGGAUGAUUAA